AUGAAUUUUAUAUUGUUUCUCUUCUUAUCUGGGGUUUUUUCUUCAGAGAUUAGAGAUACUACUCCCAGUAAUGAAGAGCCUGAGAUGAUGAUGCCUGUAGUUGAAGAAAAUAGAGAGGAACCAGAAAAUAAGGAUAAUACUCCUGCUAAUGAGAAAACUGGCGAUUAUUACAAAGAUAUAAAACAAUAUGUGUUCACCACAGAAAAUCCCAAUGGCACCCAGUCUGAAAUAUCCGUGAAAGCAACAACCGAUCUGAAUUUUUCUUUUAAAAACUAUAAACUCGUCAACGAAACAACUACACCGCCUCCUGGAAGAGUCACCAAUGAAGCAGAAUAUUAUAACGAACCCAUUGAAAAAAAUAUUCAAAAAUCAACCAAGGGUCAAAAUGAGCCUGAAUUUUGGACAAAUUUAGCUAAAGCUUUAAAUGCAACAACCAAUGCGGAGAAUGGAGAAAAAGAUCAAUUAUUUCAACCAAUUCCAAACUCCGAUGUGAAUGCUACAAAUGAAUACAGACUGGGAGAGCUACAGGAAGUCAAGUUAAAAUUAAUGCUGGGCAUCUCGUUGAUGACCCUCUUCCUCUUCGUCACCCUCUUGGCAAUUGGUAGUGCCAUGCUGUACAAACUGAAGACGCUGAAUCAGAAAAAGACAUUUGAGAGUGAAUACUCCGUCAACCCAGAACUGGCAACUCUGUCUUACUUUCAUCCAUCAGAAGGCAUAUCAGACACAUCUUUUUCUAAGAGUGCCGAGAGCAGCACAUUUUGGGGCACUACUUCUUCAGAAAUGAGAAAAUCAGACACAAGGUCAAAAUCUAGAACGGCGGACAUGGUUUCCACAGCCUCAGAUGAUACAGGCAUGAAUGAUGAGUCAGACUUAAUUCAGAGUGAGGAACCAAUCGAGGAAAUCCCCCCCAACGAAUAG